AUGGCUACUCCCAGCAGAUACAUGUCGUCUCUGACGAGAGGUGUCGUAUCUGCGUUCCGACCUCCAAUUCGACCCAGCUCAGCGGCCGUCCUGCCCUUCCUAUGUCCUAUACAGCAACAGGCAAGGAAUGCCCAAACCAGAGCGAAGUCGAAAAAGAACACCACCAAGGCCAAGAAGAAGUACAAGACCUACAUGCAACAUAAUAUGAAAGAGGCGAUUCAAUUUACCCUUUGCGAUGCGAUGAGGUGGAUCCGAGCAUUUGAAGUAGGAAGACCUCUUACGUCUGUCAAAUACGAAAUUCACGUCCGAUUACGCUCGACCCGUGGCGGUGCGGUCAUCCGCAACCAGGUCCGCCUUCCUCACUCCGUCCAACCACUCGCCCGCGUAUGCGUGAUCUGCCCUCCAGACUCGAAGGCCGCAAAGGAAGCUGCUUCAGUAGGUGCGGAAGUAAUUGGGGAGGAGGAAGUUUUUGAACAAAUCAAGAAGGAUAACAUCAAUUUCGACCUGUGCAUCUGCCACACGUCGAGUCUGGCGGCUAUGAACAAAGCUGGGCUAGGGCGAAUCCUCGGUCCCAAGGGCUUGAUGCCCAGCGCCAAGCUGGGCACUGUGGUGGAUAACAUUGCGAAAACCGUGAAGAACAUGCGCGGUGGGACCUCAUACCGGGAAAGAAUGGGUGUUGUUAGAGUGGCAAUUGGGCAGUUGGGCUUCUCUCCUGAUCAACUGAAGCAGAAUAUUGUCACGUUUAUCUCGCAAUUGAAAAAAGAUGCGUCCAUACUGGAUGAGUCGUCGAAGGACGUACUGGAAGUAGUGCUCAGCUCAACCAACUCGCCCGGCUUCAGUUUGAACGGGGACUUCAGAAGCCCGGAUUCUCCGCCUGUCCAUGCCCUGACGGGACAUUGA